ACAGGCACGUUGGGUCGGAAUUGGCGGGUUGAGCGGAGCGAUCGUGUAGCUAGCUAGCGUUACCUUUUGUCUGGCCAUCCAAAGGACCUCGGUAAAACAAUAGCAAACUCUUUCUCCAGUCGACAGAUUUCAAACGUUUGUCGACAUUUAAAGCCGGUCUAGCUGCACUGAGCCACCUAAUUCGGUGUUAUUUCGCCCUUAAUUCGGUAAUUCACAGCACGGUUGACGCUGACAAGGAACCGGAAGGUUCCACAGAGCCUCCGCCCCAUCGACGAGCAUGAGUGAACCUGCAGACACAGCUAGUGAUGCUCCCAGCGUCACCGCAGACAGCAAGCUGGCGGCCACAGCUGGAAAGAAGCAGAACAAGAAGAAGGUGGAGGAGGUGGUGGUAGAAGAGGAAGAGGAAGAAUAUGUGGUGGAGAAGGUUCUGGACAGACGGGUGGUGAAGGGCAGAGUGGAGUUCCUUCUUAAGUGGAAGGGCUUCUCGGAAGAAGACAACACAUGGGAACCACAGGACAACCUGGACUGUCCUGAUCUCAUUGCACAAUACCUGCAAAAACAUAAGUUAAAUGAAAAGAAAGAUUCUAUUGGAAAGAGGAAAGGAGAAUCUGACACAGAUGGUGGGGAAGACAGCCGGCCCAAAAAGAGGAAAGAUGAGCAAGACAAGCCGAGGGGCUUUGCACGGGGAUUAGAGCCAGAGCGCAUCAUUGGAGCCACAGAUUCCAGCGGCGAGCUCAUGUUUCUAAUGAAAUGGAAAAACUCUGACGAGGCAGAUCUUGUUCCAGCCAAAGAGGCCAAUGUGAAGUGCCCGCAGGUGGUCAUCUCAUUCUAUGAAGAGCGACUAACAUGGCACUCUUACCCUUCUGAGGAAGAAGAGAAGAAGGAUGAUAAGAACUAGGCCUGUGAGGGAGAACGAGAGAGAUGGCAAGUCAGGGGCUGUGUUAGACUAGUUUGGGAUGGGGUGGGGGGUAUUUAGGAUAUGGGCAGGUCAAAGAUGGGGAAUCAGACACCCAAAAACUCUUUUACUCUCAAUGCCAUAAAACUUGGACUCCAAAUAUAUUCAGAGCAAGAUAUGCAGACGUGGAGUCAUCUUUAGUGGGCAAAAGCGAAUGUUAGUCAGAAUACUGACCACCGUAAGAAACACAGGAUUACUGUAUUUCCUCUUUGCUUCUCUUUCUGUUGGAUUAUGGGAAAUGGGGUAUAUAUAUGCUGCAGUAGUCAUUCCCAGCUAAUAAAAAGGUGGCCAACGUUUGAUGAGGUAUAUACUAAAUGCAAUGGAUCCUGUCUGCACAUCCUCGUACCUUCUAUAUUUUUCUGAUAAGAGAUUUGAAAGUCAUUUCAGUCUAAAUCGGAACGUGUCACUGUGUAAUGUGCUGCCCUAAGUUAAAACACAGUAAGUACACUUAAAACUGUAAAGAAAAACAAAUGUACAUUUUUGAGUGCAUUGGUUAAUUUGAUAUCUGAGCAUAGUUUGUUCAAAUCUCAGUUUUGAGUGUGUGUAGUUACGGUGUUUUGUCUUUGUUAGGUGGUAUGACCUAAUUUCUUAAGCCUUCUUUUUCUUUUCCAUCUCAUUUGUCCAGACGUC